GAGUGGAUCGGGUUCGGUGCCAGUUUUGAACUGAAAGACAAGCAAACCCUAGUUGUUUCUGUGCGUGUGCACUACGCUGAAUAGAACUCCAGAGCACGUCUCUCUUUCCUCUUCUCUCUCCAAUUUUCGGCAAAUCGAAGAAAAGAAGAAGAGAGAAGAGAUAGAGAGAUAUGACGGAGCGGCUGACGCGUAUAGCGAUAGUGAGCUCGGACCGCUGUAAACCAAAGAAGUGCCGCCAGGAAUGUAAGAAGAGUUGCCCUGUUGUCAAAACCGGUAAACUCUGUAUUGAGGUUACCCCAGCAUCUAAGAUUGCUUUCAUCUCCGAGGAAUUGUGUAUUGGAUGUGGUAUAUGUGUUAAGAAAUGCCCAUUUGAAGCUAUUCAAAUCAUCAACUUGCCAAAAGAUCUGGACAAAGAUACAACACAUCGUUAUGGUCCCAACACUUUUAAAUUGCACAGGUUACCAGUCCCAAGACCUGGGCAAGUUCUUGGCUUGGUUGGAACUAAUGGCAUUGGGAAGUCUACCGCCCUUAAAGUUUUGGCCGGAAAAUUGAAACCAAACCUGGGUCGUUUCAAUAAUCCUCCAGAUUGGCAGGAAAUCUUGACAUACUUCCGAGGAUCUGAGCUGCAGAAUUAUUUUACUCGUAUUCUUGAAGAUAAUUUGAAGGCUAUUAUAAAGCCCCAGUAUGUUGAUCACAUUCCAAAAGCAGUUCAAGGCAAUGUAGGGCAGGUGCUGGACCAAAAGGAUGAGAGAGGCGUGAAGGAAGAACUUUGCGCUGAUCUUGAGCUGAACCAGGUUAUAGAUCGUAAUGUGGGGGAUUUAUCUGGAGGAGAGCUUCAAAGAUUUGCCAUUGCCGUCGUUGCGGUACAGAAUGCUGAGAUAUAUAUGUUUGAUGAACCUUCAAGCUAUCUUGAUGUGAAACAGAGGCUAAAAGCUGCUCAAGUUGUCCGAUCUUUGCUCAGGCCUAAUAGCUAUGUUAUUGUUGUGGAGCAUGAUCUUAGCGUCCUGGAUUACUUGUCAGACUUCAUUUGCUGCUUAUACGGGAAACCGGGAGCAUAUGGAGUUGUAACUCUUCCCUUCUCAGUCAGAGAAGGAAUCAAUAUCUUCUUGUCAGGAUUCGUUCCAACAGAAAAUUUAAGGUUCCGGGAUGAAUCUCUUACCUUUAAGGUUGCUGAGACUCCACAGGAAAGUGCUGAGGAAAUUGAGACAUAUGCACGAUACAGAUACCCAACUAUGACCAAAACUCAAGGAAAUUUUAAGCUUCGAGUUGUUGAGGGUGAAUUUACUGAUUCUCAGAUUGUUGUGAUGCUGGGUGAGAAUGGGACUGGGAAAACAACAUUUAUCCGUAUGCUGGCUGGUUUACUGAAACCUGAUACUGUAGAAGAUUCUGACGUGGAGAUACCCGAGUUUAAUGUUUCUUACAAGCCCCAGAAGAUCAGUCCGAGAUUUCAGUCCACUGUCAGGCACCUGCUACACCAAAAAAUACGUGAUUCAUACAUGCAUCCUCAGUUUGUGUCAGAUGUGAUGAAGCCUCUUCUUAUUGAACAAUUAAUGGAUCAAGAAGUUGUGAAUCUUUCUGGUGGAGAGUUACAAAGAGUUGCAUUAUGUCUUUGCCUUGGGAAGCCUGCAGACAUUUAUCUGAUAGAUGAACCGAGUGCAUAUCUUGAUUCUGAGCAGCGUAUAGUUGCUUCAAAAGUCAUCAAGAGGUUUAUCCUUCAUGCGAAGAAAACUGCUUUUGUGGUUGAGCAUGAUUUUAUAAUGGCUACUUAUCUGGCAGAUAGAGUUAUUGUGUAUGAGGGGAAACCAUCAAUUGACUGUGUUGCAAAUUGUCCCCAGUCAUUGUUGACUGGGAUGAAUCUCUUCUUAUCUCAUUUGGAUAUCACGUUUAGAAGGGACCCAACUAAUUAUCGCCCUAGAAUCAACAAACUGGAGUCAACCAAGGACAGGGAGCAGAAAGCUGCUGGGUCCUAUUAUUACCUGGAUGAUUGACGUAAUUUUAAGUAGUUGCUUUUGCAAAAUUUGAGGGCAUCAAUGAGAGCAGUGGGAUCUCAGCCGAAUGAUUUGGACAUGUUGACAAUUUGCAGGAGGUCCGUCGCCUGUUGAAGGGUUCAUUGGGAUUUUUGCUUAACAUGAGUUUCAGGCGAUGUUACUUGUUGAUGUCAGUUUAGUAUUUUUUCUCUUAUAGUGUGCUUGCUGUUCACCAGUUUUGGUAUGGCAUUAGGUGAGAAUCUAUAUGCGUACUUGGUUUUUAUUGCAUCAAUUGUUGUUAUUUAACUAGUUGAGGAACAAUGAAAAUGUUUUCAACCGAGUUAUUGCGGUACAUGUUUGACUUUUGUAAUUUCUGGGUUAAUAUAUAAUAAUUUCACCAUUAUUUUUCCUUUAGAA